AGGGGCUGGAUCAUUGGGGGGAAGUAAGGAGGCUAUGAAGGGCAUGAGGGAGGUACAUACAGGUGCCCCACACCCCAAGUUCAGGUGUGCGCAUGACCCCCACCCACCCGUGGUGGUAACACAACUGCACAUGCUCAAGGAUCAGCCCUUCUUUGAUCCACUUGAGCACCUGCUGUGCCAGGUUCUGGGCACUCCACGGUGAACGUGUCAAACUAGCUCCCUGGCCUCCUGGAGAUUACAGCGUAGUGAAGGAGGCGGUCUCAGAAAAUGGGAUCUACGAGCAGGAGGGGACAGGGGAGCCACAGGGAAAGAGGCGUCCGCUCUGAGGGCUCCGGGAAGAGGGGAGGUUUAUGCUCCGCCCCGUGGAAUGCCUAGGAAUUCACUAAGCAAAGGCGGAAGGAAGCAAGACAGCAAAAUUGCGCUAUAAACUACCACACUCCACAGACAUGCCUGGUAGCCAUGGGCGUGCAUUUAUUUACUCAUCGCCCACUACUAUAUGUCAGGAACCGUGCCAACUAUUAGAAAUAUUGGGACCAGCAAGACAGAAACAGUCCUUGCCCUCAUGGAGUAGAGUCUGGCUGGGGAGAGAAGCAAGAGCAAAUAAACAGGCGAAAUCGUUACUAAUCGUGGCUGUUGCUGUGGAAGAAAUGGGGCUCUGAGAUGGAACGAUGGGGUGGGAGGCUCUUGGAGUCUGACAGGUCGGCUGUGACCUGAAGGAAGAGGAGCAGGGACUUACUGCAGCAGGGAGGAGGCGGGGCACAGGACAGCAGGAGAAGGAUAAGUUUGGCAAGUUCAAGGGACAGAAGAGGCCCCUGGGGCUGGACCAGCGUGAAGGAAGAGGAGGGUGGCGUGGGAUAAGUCUGGGGGAUGGGCGAGUCCCCGCCCCACUCUGAGCCUGUUUCCUCAAGUGUAAGAUGGGAUAGUAGAGUCACUGAGAUUCUUCAAGGAGAUGCUGUGUGCAGAAGGCCUGGCCUGCUCAAGUUCACAUCCUCCCGGCUACCUGUAACAGAACUAACGAUGCCAUGCCUGAGUGUACCAUUGGGCAUGGAUGUGCACCCCCAGAUGCCACCCUAGGGCAUAGCCAAGUGGGUAUUCCAGGAGACCUGUGUCCAGUGUCACUCACCCAAGGACACACACUAAGCUGUGGACACAGUCACCUCAGCGUGUGUUGGCUCCUGUAGGCAUCAAACCCUCUCCCCACCUCUUCCCUGGGCCCCCCAGACAUCCUCAAGUCCGCUCUGAUCGUCUUCGUGAUGGGUGGCCCAGGUUGUGGCAAAGGGACACGGUACAAGAACAUGGCGACCAAAUAUGGCUUUUGCCACGUUGGACUGGGCCAGCUGCUGACCCAAGAGGGCCAAUGCAGGACCCAGUGGGGCUGGGGGGCCUGUGACAUCAUGCUGCAGGGGCUCCUGAUGCCCAUGGUGAAAGCUCACAGGCACAGGGGCAGAGGGAAGGAGGAGGUACCUUCCCUGGAAACCCUGUGGAAGCAGAUAGGCCCAGAAGGUUCUGGCUCCCGGCCUGGCCACAGCUUUGCUGCACUGAGCCUCUGUGUCCUCACCUGGCAUCAUCACAGACCUGAUCAGCAACACCAUGCUGUCGUGCCAAGAGAGCUGGGCCUUCCUCACCGACGGCUUCCCUUGGAAGCUGAAGCAGGCCAAGGAGUUGGAGCGCAUUCCCCUUUGUGGGUGCCUAGGUGGGCCGGGCCCCAGACCUCAUCAUGUUUGAUUGCUCCAUGGAUGCGAUGGUCUGCAGAGUGUGGCAUCGGGGCCAGAAGGAGCACCGGGUUCGUGACUAUCUUGGCAGAAGCAGCUCCAGAAGACAUUCUGCCCAGUGCUGCUCUGUCACUGAAAGGCUGCAGUGACGGGAGGGGCUGGGGGCUCUUGCUUCUCCCCUCAUCCCAGAGGCCACACAGGGCUCAGAAGGGGUGCAGGGCCUGUGAGGCCACGGCCGCACACCAAGCACUGGAACUCGGGCCAUUUCCCUUCACAGCCCAGGUUUCCGCCUGGGGGGACGCUGACAGACUAGGACCCAGCCAGGCUUUUACAACAUCUAUAAAGAACGAACAAACAUCUGCUUCAAAACUCUACAGGGGGAGAGAGGAGAGAAAGAGACGGCACCCAGCAGACACGGGGAGGUUUUGUUAUCAUUUAUUUGUGAAGUUAAAAACGAGCGAUAAAAAGUAA